CGCAGCUCUCCGCCAAAGACGGACAUUGACUCCAGGACUCCACAGAAUGGAGCAAGAAUGAGAGGAAAAAGGCCGGCAGAAAAGCAUGAACUGGAGGUUUGUUGAGCUCCUCUACUUCCUGUUUGUAUGGGGCCGUAUCUCAGUGCAGCCCUCCCACCAGGAACCAGCUGGGACAGACCAACAUGUCUCCAAGGAAUUUGAUUGGCUUAUUUCAGACAGGGGGCCUUUCCACCACUCCAGGAGCUACCUAUCCUUUGUGGAAAGACACCGUCAAGGAUUUACAACCAGAUAUAAAAUAUACAGGGAGUUUGCCCGUUGGAAGGUGAGGAACACAGCCAUCGAGAGGAGAGACCUGGUCCGCCAUCCAGUGCCCCUCAUGCCGGAGUUUCAAAGGAGCAUCCGCCUGCUUGGCAGGAGACCCACCACUCAGCAGUUCAUCGAUACCAUCAUCAAAAAGUACGGCACCCACCUCCUCAUCUCUGCCACCUUGGGAGGGGAGGAGGCCUUGACCAUGUACAUGGACAAAAGUCGCCUCGACAGGAAGUCAGGGAAUGCUACUCAAAGUGUUGAAGCUCUGCACCAACUUGCGUCAUCCUACUUUGUCGACCGUGAUGGCACCAUGAGGAGGCUCCAUGAGAUCCAGAUAUCAACUGGAGCAAUCAAGGUCACAGAGACACGCACCGGGCCUCUGGGCUGUAACAGCUAUGACAAUCUGGACUCUGUGAGUUCCGUCCUUCUGCAAAGCACGGAGAGCAAACUGCAUCUUCAAGGUCUUCAGAUCAUCUUCCCUCAGUAUCUGCAAGAGAAGUUUGUCCAGUCGGCCUUGAGCUACAUCAUGUGCAAUGGGGAGGGGGAAUAUGUGUGUCAGAACAGCCAAUGUAGAUGUCAGUGUGCGGAGGAGUUCCCACAAUGCAACUGCCCCAUCACCGACAUCCAGAUCAUGGAGUACACGCUGGCCAACAUGGCCAAGUCUUGGGCCGAAGCUUAUAAGGACCUGGAGAAUUCAGAUGAGUUUAAAUCCUUUAUGAAGCGUCUCCCCAGCAACCACUUCCUGACCAUAGGGAGCAUCCAUCAGCACUGGGGCAACGACUGGGACCUGCAGAACCGUUACAAACUCCUGCAGAGCACCACCGAGGCCCAGAGGCAGAAGAUCCAGCGCACGGCCCGCAAGCUCUUCGGUCUCAGCGUUCGCUGCCGCCACAAUCCCAACCACCAGCUGCCCCGGGAGAGGACAAUUCAGCAGUGGCUUGCAAGGGUCCAGUCGCUUCUCUACUGCAAUGAGAACGGGUUUUGGGGAACCUUCCUGGAGAGCCAGAGGAGCUGUGUGUGCCACGGUAGCACCACGCUGUGCCAGCGCCCCAUCCCCUGCAUCAUAGGGGGGAACAACAGCUGCGCCAUGUGCAGCCUGGCCAACAUCUCGCUCUGCGGCUCCUGCAACAAGGGCUACAAGCUGUACCGAGGCCGCUGCGAACCACAGAACGUGGACUCGGAGCGGAGUGAGCAGUUCAUCAGCUUCGAGACCGACCUGGACUUCCAGGACCUGGAGCUCAAGUACCUGUUGCAGAAGAUGGACUCGCGCCUCUAUGUCCACACCACCUUCAUCAGCAACGAGAUCCGCCUCGACACCUUCUUUGAUCCCCGGUGGCGCAAGCGCAUGUCCCUCACACUCAAGAGCAACAAGAACCGCAUGGACUUCAUCCACAUGGUGAUCGGCAUGUCCAUGCGCAUCUGCCAGAUGCGCAACAGCAGCCUGGACCCCAUGUUCUUUGUCUAUGUCAACCCCUUCAGCGGGAGCCACUCGGAGGGCUGGAACAUGCCCUUCGGGGAGUUUGGCUACCCACGUUGGGAGAAGAUUCGUCUCCAAAACAGCCAGUGCUACAACUGGACUCUCUUGCUGGGCAAUCGGUGGAAAACGUUUUUUGAGACGGUCCACAUCUACCUACGUAGUCGGACUCGGCUACCUACCCUACUGCGUAACGAGACUGGCCAGGGCCCCGUGGACCUGUCCGACCCCUCCAAGAGGCAGUUCUACAUCAAGAUCUCGGAUGUGCAGGUGUUCGGGUACAGUCUGCGGUUCAACGCCGACCUCCUCCGCAGCGCCGUGCAGCAGGUCAACCAGUCCUACACACAAGGUGGCCAGUUCUAUUCCUCUUCGUCCGUGAUGCUCCUCUUGUUGGAUAUUCGGGACCGAAUUAAUCGCCUGGCCCCUCCUGUGGCCCCGGGGAAGCCCCAGCUGGACUUGUUCUCCUGUAUGCUCAAGCACCGCCUGAAACUGACCAACAGCGAGAUCAUCCGGGUGAACCACGCCUUGGACCUCUACAACACCGAGAUCCUCAAACAGUCGGACCAGAUGACAGCCAAACUCUGUUAACCUGGGGCUCCUCGCCAUGGGCUUUCCCUUUUGUUGUACAAACAUAACAGAACAAAGCAAAGCAAAACGAAACAAAACAAAACACAAAUUUGUAAAAUGUAAUUAUAUUCAAAGAAAAGGAGGAAGAGUCUUCAUUCGUUGGAAACGAAAACGUUCUAGCAACUGUAUAAAACCGUUGGGCAUGUUUGUUAUCUCUAUAAUCUGUCAUGAAGAAGGGUCUCAGCCUUUGGAGGAGCUUGGAGGGGUUGCUUCCUAAGCCUCAGGUGCUGUAUUGUGGGGGGAGAAGGGGAGAGCAUAUGCAAUGAAUUGCCAAGAUCUCUGCUGUGCAGGUGCUAAGAUUAAACACUAAAAAGAAAGAGAGAUGUAUGUAAUGUACAACCAACACUGCCAUUUUUCCUUGUGGGAGGAAAUGGACAUA